AUGGCCCCUUCGAUGCCUGUUGACUCAACUGCACUUGUAGCAAGGGGACCUUUCUCGGAAGGAAAAUGGGCGCUGGAACCGGUAAAAUUGCGAGAAUUGCGUGACGACGAGGUCCUGGUCCGAAUGGUCGCCUCUGGUAUCUGCCACACUGAUCUCCAUUGCGGAAACACGGCGGCUGACGCGGGAGUGCCCGCCGUUUACUAUCCCCGUGUGCUCGGACACGAAGGCUCCGGUUAUGUUGUGCAGGCCGGGGGCUCCGUCAAGAAUGUGCAGCCUGGCGACCCUGUUCUCCUCUCAUUCUCAUACUGUGGAGAGUGCCAUGUCUGUCUUUCUGGAGUACCCUCGCAUUGUGUUAAGGCUUUCGAAAUAAAUUUUAUGGGGGAGCCUGUGUUUGAGGGCGGCAUCGCGGGCAGAUUUUUCGGUCAGUCUAGCUUCGCGCGGCACUCUGUCGUCAGUGCCAAGAGUGUCGUCAACGUCUCCGGGUUGGGCCUCAGCGAGGAUGACCUGAAGCUUCUUGCGCCAUUAGGAUGUGGUCUGCAGACGGGCAGCGGCACAGUCGUCAAUGUCGCCAAGGCCGGCCCGCAAGACUGCCUCACAGUUGCCGGUCUCGGGGGUGUUGGACUGGCGGCGGUCAUUGCAGCCAGGAAUCAAGGGUGCAAGGUGAUCAUCGGGCUUGACAGAGUCGACAGUCGGCUGGAGCUGGCCAAGUCACUGGGUGCGACGCAUGUCAUCAACACGAAAAACCUCGGCAUGAAGGACCUCGUCGAGAAGAUCAAGGAAGCGAGCGAAGGGCUCGGCUCUACCAUCAGCGUCGACACGACGGCGUUCCCGGCGCUGGUUUCUGCGCAACUGGAUGCAACGCGAUACCUGGGGAAGGUCAUCCAAGUAGGGACGGGCAUGCCUGAUUCGCAUCUCUCACUGCAUAUGCAGAGCUACAUGGUGAGCGGCAAGCAGUAUUUCGGCGCCAUCCAGGGGCAAGUAAAAUCGAGCGAGCACAUUCCUGAAAUGAUAAGGUGGUGGCGCGAUGGGAAGUUCCCGGUCGAGAGGCUUGUCACCUUUUUCAAGCACGAAAACUUUGCCCAGGCGGUGGAAGCGAUGGGUAGUGGCGAGGCGAUCAAGCCAGUCAUUGUUUGGUGA